UUGCAACUGGAGAAGUAUUAUGUCUUGGAAUCAAGUACUAACCUAUAUAGUGGCCCCUCUUCCGCAUCUGCACUCAACUAAAGACGUUGGGUACACCCGGAACAUACCUCCCAUCAAUACUUCCUCGCGCUAGUGUGUAUUCAAAAGGCAGAAUGGCCUCGACAGACACCCAGCUAAGCCUGAAACCACAUCAUCACGUAGUCAAAAUCGAGGGCGCCAGCGAAGACAGUGAAAACCACGGCGAAGAUCUCAUCACCCAGCUGAAGUCCAUACCAUCUGAUAUAACAGCACUCCGAAUCGAGGAGGAAACCCCAUCAGACAAGGAAUGGGCCAUUCUCGGCUCGCACUUCACGAACAUCCAGUCCUUGGAAUUGGAGAGCGGAUAUAACGAGGAACUCAAUGACAAAGAAUUACCCCUACACUGGCCCCUGAAGCGGUGCAAAAUUCUGAGUGCUUGCGGGGAAGUCACUCAGACUCCGCACAUACGGCAGGGCCGUAUGAGCCAUCUCAUCUUGUUUCUUACCUCCGCUCUCCGCUUCGAAGGGCCCACAUCGAAAGAGUUGAGCAAAGCACAUUCCCAAGCGAUUGCCCGGGGUGAAGAGAAAGCCCAUUACAUCACUGUGAGAGAGGGCACUCCCGAGGAAAAGAAGAUCGAAGUCACAUGGAUCCCGGAGCUGGCCGGCAAAUGGAUGAAUAACAAGUACAAGGGUAAAGAGGAGCUCCAGUUAGAAGAAGACAACCGCCAACCACCGACGAUCAACCUACGCAUACUAGAAAUUCUUGAAAAUGACGCUAUCGACACCUUCUGCCGGAUGGCCCUCGCAUUACCUCAUCUCAUCGAGAACCUGACGACGUUAAACCUCCGUUCAACACACUGUUUGGAUUUCCAAUUCCUGCAUGAAAGCAUGAUCCAGCAGCUUCUGCCACAGCUUUCUAGACUAGAGACGCUGAAGUUAUCCAUCGGCGAGGUCUUCACGGACGAGUCCCGUCUACCUACAUUAUACAAAUGGCUGCCGCCGAACAUAUCGACCCUCCGAUUCCGAGGCCCAGCAUCCCUGACUAAAUCCACAGAGUGGAACAACUGGGUCCAGGCCUUCGCCGAGCGCGAUUUUCUCCCCAAUCUCAAGCAACUCUCCUUCGUCCUCGACCUCGAAUACGAAUCAAGCGAUAGCUCGUUUGGUCGCCUCAAAAAAUUGAAAGAAAUCCCCGAGCACACCCUCCACGAAGCCCGCGCAGCAUGCGAGCCCCUCUACGAAGCCGCACGAAACCGCGGAAUCGUCAUCGAACGACUCUACGACGAAUGGUCAGACGAGUGUGAGAUCCUGAGACAAGUGGAUGAUCGGUGGCUAUGUUGACCUCCUCCACCCAACAAAACCCCUGUAACAACAGACACUAGUAACCAUUGAUACCCCCCCGCUCAAUAUCACUAUCAUGUAGAACAGAAUGAAAAAUUAAACUAAAAAAAAAAUGGAACUCUAUUCUCUCGCAUGAUCUCCCCACCCGUGACAUACAUAUUGCAUUCCCGUUCUAGAAACCAGCUCGUAGUCGUGUUCGAACAUCGUCGUAUCCGCAUAAUCUGCCGAACCGAGUAUAACCUUGUCGGGGCCAAACGCAAAGUCAGCCCAGUGGAUCUCCGCCAAGACAACAAAGGCUCGAAAUAACUUAAGCUUGGG